GAUCCACAUAAUAAAACCCCCUCUGGCCUAGAGCUGCUACAUAGCUUCUCCGUAGACAUCUCGGACCCCCGCAAACGAAUCUCGUCGGCGAACCGUCUUCCCCCAAAGAACGUAGCAAGAUCGGUUCACGAUCUUGCUGAUACCGAUGGAGGAAAUCUACGACCCUGAGAUUGAGCAAGAGGUCACAAAGGUUUUCCCCUACCAGGAAACACCAGAGAACCAGUCAUGGGCAAACACCCUACCCGUGAAGCAGGGUCUCUAUGAUCCCGAGAACGAGAAGGAUGCCUGCGGUGUCGGCUUUGCUGCCAACAUCAAGGGUGUCGCGAGUCACAAGAUUCUGAGCGAUGCUCGAAGUCUGCUGUGUAACAUGACGCAUCGAGGAGCUGUCGGCUCCGAUGCCCGUGAUGGAGACGGCGCUGGUGUCAUGACCUCCAUUCCCCACAAAUUUUUCGUGAAGGAGCUACGAGGGCAGACUGGAAUCAAGUUGCCAGCAAAGGGCCACUACGCUGUCGGGAAUCUAUUUUUCAAACCCGACGAAGAUGUCCUGUUGGAGAGCAAGAAGAAAUUCACAGAUAUUGCCGAGGGACUGGGUCUACGGGUCCUCCACUGGCGAGAAGUGCCGCAUGACAGCUCCCUGUUGGGCCCUGCAGCUUUGUCGAGAGAGCCCAAGAUCCUGCAGCCCUUUGUCGUUCUCAAAUCGCACUACGGUGAUGGAGAUGAAGCUGCGUCCGUGGAUGAUGACACCUUUGACGAGAAGAACUUCGAGAAGCAGCUCUACAUUCUCCGUAAAGUUAGCACUCGAGAGAUCGGUCUCUCCAACUGGUUCUAUAUAUCGUCCCUUUCAAACCGCAAUAUCGUGUACAAGGGCCAGCUUGCACCGGUACAGGUGUACAACUACUACCAUGACCUCGUCAAUGUCGAUUACGAGGUCCACUUCGCCCUAGUCCAUUCCCGGUUCUCUACCAACACAUUCCCCAGUUGGGACCGUGCUCAGCCUUUGAGAUGGGCUGCUCACAAUGGUGAGAUCAACACUUUGCGAGGAAACAAAAACUGGAUGCGGGCUCGUGAGGGUGUCAUGAAGUCCACCUUCUUUGCGGACGAACUCGAGAAACUCUACCCCAUCAUCGAGGAGGGUGGUUCGGACUCGGCUGCUUUCGAUAACGUACUCGAGCUCCUUGUGAUCAAUGGAGUGCUGUCGUUGCCGGAAGCGAUGAUGAUGAUGGUUCCUGAGGCAUGGCAGGACAACGCCGACGUUGACCCUAAGAAGGCUGCGUUCUACGAAUGGGCUGCAUGUUUGAUGGAGCCAUGGGACGGACCUGCGCUGUUCACCUUUGCCGACGGACGUUACUGCGGCGCCACAUUGGACCGAAACGGCCUGCGACCCUGUCGGUUCUACGUGACGGAUGAUGAUCGCAUCAUCUGCGCCUCCGAGGUCGGAACCAUUCUGAUCCCCUCCGAGAAGAUCGUGCAGAAGGGACGACUACAGCCGGGGCGAAUGCUGCUGGUCGAUACGCUGGAAGGACGGAUCGUCGACGACCGAGAGUUGAAAUCGGAAGUCUCCUCGCGAUUUGAUUUCAGAUCAUGGGCGGACGACCAACUGCUCACCCUCGACAAAAUCCAGGAAGAGCUGAAGACUGCCGGAGUCUCCCUGAAAGUUCCACUGAAUGAAGUCCGUCUGCAGAGUGACAGCCGUCUCCUCGCCUUUGGAUACUCUUAUGAGCAGGUGACUCUGUUGCUCGGCCCUAUGGCCGCAGACUCCAAGGAAGCCCUGGGAUCGAUGGGUAACGACGGACCUCUGGCAUGUCUCGCCAAACAACCCCGGCUCUUGUAUGACUACUUCCGGCAAUUGUUCGCCCAAGUGACGAACCCGCCAAUCGAUCCCAUCCGUGAGGCUAUCGUCAUGUCUCUCGACUGCUACGUUGGCCCCCAGGGAAACCUUCUGGAGAUGGAUCCUACGCAGUGCCACCGCCUCCUCCUCCCCUCGCCCGUCCUCUCCCUCGAAGAGUUCAAGGCCGUCUCCCAGAUUCAGAAGGUGCACAAGUCAUGGGGCGUCACCACGAUCGACAUCACAUUCCCCAAGUGCGAUGGAAUCCCCGGCUAUUCCGCCGCGCUCGACGACAUUUGCGCCCAGGCUAGCCAGGCGUUGGAACAAGACUCCAAGGUUAUUAUCCUUUCGGAUCGAAACACGUCUGCGGAUCGCGUCGCGAUGUCAGCUCUGAUCGCCUGCGGUGCGGUUCACCAUCACCUUGUACGCAACCGUCUACGAUCGAAGGUUGCCAUCGUUGUGGAGACUGCGGAGGCUCGUGAGGUUCACCAUCUAUGUGUCCUGGUGGGUUACGGAGCCGAUGCCGUCUGUCCCUACCUCGCCCUCGAAUGCAUCCUCAAGAUGAACCGUGAGAAUUUGAUCCGCGGUGGCUUGUCGGACCAAAAGAUUGUCGAAAACUACCAACACUCCUGCGACGGAGGCAUCCUAAAAGUCAUGUCAAAGAUGGGAAUCUCGACGCUCCAGUCUUACAAGGGUGCUCAGAUUUUCGAGGCUCUCGGUGUCGAUGACUCGGUUGUGGACAGGUGCUUCACUGGAACUGCCAGUAGAAUCAAGGGUAUCACGCUCGACUACAUCGCGGAGGAUGCCUUUGCGUUCCACGAGCGAGGUUUUCCGUCCCGGGAGAUCAUCUCCGUUCCUGGUCUUCCGGAGACUGGCGAGUACCAUUGGCGUGAUGGAGGAGAAGCCCAUGUCAACGAUCCCCUCAGCAUCGCCAACAUCCAGGAUGCCGUCCGUUCGAAGAACGACAAGUCUUACGAGGCGUACUCUUUAUCUGCAUACGAGCAGAUCAAGAACUGCACCCUCCGAGGCCUCCUCGACUUCAACUACAAGUCUUCCAGGGAAAUUCACAUCGAUGAGGUUGAGCCGUGGACCGAGAUUGUUCGUCGGUUCUGCACCGGUGCAAUGUCGUACGGCUCCAUCUCCAUGGAGUCUCACUCGACCCUGGCCAUCGCCAUGAACCGAUUGGGCGGAAAGUCGAACACCGGUGAAGGUGGAGAGGAUUCCGAGCGCAGCCGUAUCAUGGAGAACGGAGACACCAUGAGGUCGGCCAUCAAGCAGGUGGCCUCCGGUCGUUUCGGUGUCACCUCCCACUACCUCGCCGACUCGGAUCAAAUCCAGAUCAAGAUGGCCCAAGGAGCGAAGCCUGGCGAGGGUGGUGAAUUGCCUGGGCACAAGGUUUCCCAGUCUAUCGCAAAGACCCGUCAUUCCACCCCCGGUGUCGGUCUCAUCUCACCGCCCCCGCACCACGACAUCUACAGUAUCGAAGAUCUUAAACAGUUGAUCUACGAUCUGAAAUGUGCCAACCCUCGGUCGCGCGUGUCGGUGAAGCUGGUGUCCGAGACUGGUGUCGGUAUCGUUGCGUCUGGUGUGGCCAAGGCCAAGGCUGAUCACAUCCUCAUUUCCGGGCACGACGGUGGUACCGGUGCCUCUCGAUGGACCGGUAUCAAAUACGCCGGUGUUCCUUGGGAGCUCGGUCUCGCCGAGACCCACCAGACGCUGGUGCUGAACGACCUACGUGGCCGUGUCGUGGUCGAAACCGAUGGACAGCUGAGGACCGGACGAGAUGUUGCGAUCGCCUGCUUGCUCGGUGCCGAAGAGUAUGGUUUCGCUACCACCCCGCUGAUUGCUAUGGGCUGCAUCAUGAUGCGCAAGUGUCAUCUCAACACUUGCCCGGUCGGUAUCGCCACCCAGGACCCCGAGCUCCGCAAGAAGUUCACUGGUACGCCCGAGCACGUGAUCAACUUUUUCUAUUACGUUGCCAACGAGCUCCGGUCGAUCAUGGCCAAGCUCGGCUUCAGGUCCAUCAACGAGAUGGUCGGACACUCUGAGAAGUUGCUGGUGCGCAAGGAUCUUCUGACGGAGAAGACCAAGAACAUCGACCUCAGCAGGAUUCUUACGCCCGCUCACACCCUUCGACCUGGAGUUGCGACUUUCAACGUUCGCAAGCAGGAUCACCGCCUUCAUGUCCGCCUCGACAACAAGCUGAUUGAAGAGGCCGAAGACACGAUCUCCAAGGGAAUCCCCAGUCGGAUCGACGCGGAUAUAGUCAACACUGAUCGUGCUCUCGGUGCUACGUUGUCCUACAAGAUCAGCAAAGCUAAGGGUAAUACCGGGCUCGCUGAAGAUUCAAUUCACGUGACGCUGAAGGGUUCUGCCGGUCAGUCGUUUGGAGCUUUCCUUGCACCCGGAGUCACUCUGGAGCUCGAAGGAGACGCCAACGAUUACGUCGGCAAGGGAUUGUCUGGAGGUCGAAUUGCGAUAUACCCCCCUCGCAACGCUACUUACCAGGCUGAGGAGAACAUCAUCGUGGGCAACGUCUGCCUCUACGGUGCUACAUCCGGUUCCGCCUUCUUCAGUGGUAUUGCUGCCGAGCGUUUCUGUGUCCGGAAUUCCGGAGCCACAGCUGUCGUCGAGGGUGUGGGUGAUCACGGAUGCGAGUACAUGACUGGAGGACGUGUCGUGAUUCUCGGAGAGACUGGCCGCAACUUCGCCGCUGGAAUGUCCGGAGGUAUUGCCUACGUUCUUGACUUCAAGCAGAAGUUUUCCAGCAAGGUGAACAUGGAGAUGGUUGAGCUCUCCGGCCUCUCGGACCCGCUCGAAAUCGCAUGGGUGCGUGGUCUCAUCGAAGACCAUUACCACUACACCGGAUCCGAGAUUGCCAAGAGGGUCCUUCUCGAUUUCCGCCGAGCGCUCCCCCGUUUCGUCAAGGUACUGCCUACCGACUACAAGAGGAUCCUCGAGGAGGAGGCUGCCAAGGCUGCACUGGCGAGGAUCUACCCCACCGGAAUGCCGGAACAGCAGGUCCAGAAGGUCGACUCCGAGAAGACCGACGCGCACAAGCACGAGGCCAGCAUGACCGAUCUCGAGGACAGCAUCAUGGACACGAAGGCUCAGAAGAAGAAGUCCACUUUGGUCCUCAACAAGACGAAGGGAUUCAUGCUCUACUCCCGUCGUUCCGAGAAGUACCGCAACCCCAAGACUCGUGUCAAGGAUUGGAAGGAGCUGUCUCGGAGAUUGGAUGUGGAUGAGCUCAAGCAUCAGUCGGCACGUUGCAUGGACUGUGGUGUUCCUUUCUGCCAGAGUGACACCGGAUGUCCCAUUAGUAAUGUCAUCCCCAAGUGGAACACUCUAGUUUUUCAGAACAAGUGGAAGGAGGCUUUGUACGCUCUCCUCGCCACCAACGACUUCCCCGAGGUUACCGGCCGUGUCUGCCCUGCUCCCUGCGAAGGCUCCUGUGUGCUUGGCAUCAACGAGGAUCCUGUCGGAAUCAAGAGCAUCGAGUGUGCCAUCAUCGACCGCGGUUUCGAAGAGGGAUGGGUCAUUCCAAACAUUCCCACGAGCAGGACUGGAAAGAAAAUCGCCAUCGUCGGAUCUGGACCGGCUGGAAUGGCCGCUGCUAACCAACUCAACAAGGCCGGACACACUGUCACCGUGUACGAGCGCCACGACCGAAUCGGUGGUCUGAUGAUGUAUGGUAUUCCCAACAUGAAGCUCGACAAGUCUAUUCUCCAGCGUCGCGUCGAUCUGAUGGCUUCGGAAGGCAUCGUCUUCAAAACCAAUUCCCACGUCGGAGAAGAUGUCACAUUGGCCGACCUCAAAAAGGAGAACGACGCCAUCAUCGUCGCUACUGGAGCUACCGUUCCUCGCAACCUGCCCAUUCCCGGUCGUGACCUGAAGGGUAUCGACUUUGCCAUGACCUUCCUGCAUGCAAACACCAAGGACCUCCUGGACUCAAACCUUCAGGACGGCAAGUACAUCUCCGCCAAGGACAAGGACGUCAUCGUUAUUGGUGGUGGUGAUACCGGUAAUGAUUGCAUCGGUACUGCUGUUCGCCACGGAGCGAAGUCGGUGGUCAACUUUGAGCUUCUUCCUGCUCCUCCGUCCGAGCGCGCCCGCGACAACCCUUGGCCACAGUGGCCCAAGAUUUUCCGCAUCGAUUACGGACACACUGAGGUGCAGACCAAGUACGGCCGCGACCCCCGCGAGUACUGCGUCAUGAGCAAGGAGUUCGUCAGCGAUGGCAAUGGAAACGUGAAGGGUAUCAACACAGUCCGCGUUGAGUGGCAGAGAACCCGUACCGGCUGGGACAUGAAGCAGGUCGAGGGAUCCGAACAGUUCUUCCCCGCCGACAUGGUCUUGUUGUCGAUGGGAUUCUUGGGUCCCGAGGACAAGGCGUUGGGAGAAUUGGAGCGUGACGGUCGCAAGAACGUCAAGACCGCUGCUGGACAUUAUGCCACGUCCGACCCCGGAGUGUUCGCCGCUGGUGAUUGUCGCCGUGGACAAUCUUUGAUCGUUUGGGGUAUCAACGAGGGCCGUCAAUGUGCUCGCGAGGUUGACCAAUACCUGAUGCAGUCGACCAGACUUCCGGUCACUGGAGGAAUCGUCCAUCGCUCCAAGAUAGCUGGCGAAAUCCUCGGCCGCGCCGAUCGCGCAAAGCCUCAGCAGAUUGCGAUCGCUGCCUCCUCAUAGACGACUAACUGUAUCUAUUGUUUC